AACUAGGUUUGUGGAGUCUAUGUUAGGACUAAUAGGAGCGGUGGGCAAGGAUGAAAAUGCACCUAUAUAAAUGAAGGUAAUACCUGUGAAGCACCACAAACAGAUUCGGGUGGUAACAGACCGCCACCAAAUUCAUAUACGUAUAACUAUACGAGUAGCUAUAACUAUACUGAACGUAUAUAAUAUCAUUAAAAAUUAGAUUUUCUGGUUUGGAAAGUUAAACUGUGACGAUGUUGUUGAAGUUGUUGGUGCUGACAGCUCUGUGUUGUCAUUUAACGAAAAGUGCCAGUCUUUCCGAAGAAUCCACACAGAAAAACAAUGACCGUGAAAAACGAGAGACGUAUGACUUGUUGGCCUAUCUGGAAACGUUCGGGUACCUGGAACCAGUGAAAGAAUACGACGAUGAUGACAUCACAUCAGGAAGACAAUUUCACUCAGAAGCCACUGUAGAGGAAGCCAUCAGACAAUAUCAGAAAUUUAACCAUUUGCCCCUAACUGGGAGGUUGGACGACGAAACGCGAACCAAGAUGAGGCAGCCUCGGUGCGGUUUUAGAGAUAUUCUCAAAAAUUCAGAUCCCGAUGUUCCGCAGAAAUAUUCACAUCUUGGUACUAAAUGGCAAAAUAAGAAAGUAACUUGGAAAACCAACCAAUACACCAAUCAGUUGCCCCAUUCCAAACAACGCAAUGCCUUCCAACGUGCGUUCAAAUUCUGGUCUGAUGUUACGCCGCUCGAGUUUGAACAGACGGAUGAUAGUGCGGACAUAGAAAUUAAAUUCGCACGACGGGAACAUGGUGACGGAUGGGGCAAUGCUUUUGACGGGAGAGGUCAGACUUUGGCGCAUGCGUUCGGUCCCGGCACUCAACCAAUCAGCGGUGACACCCACUUUGACGACGAUGAACAGUGGACAAUUCACGAGAAUUAUGGGACGGAUCUCGAGACGGUGGCGGCUCACGAAUUCGGACACGCGCUGGGGCUCGGACAUUCCAGCGUCCCCGGGUCCUUAAUGGCGCCAUACUACCAAGGAUGGGAUCCUAAUUUCAAGCUGGCCUUUGACGACAUACGUGGAAUUCAACUCCUUUAUGGGUCGAAUCCAAAUCCACCAAAACCAGAAACUACGACAACGACGACAACGACAACAACGACGACAACCCCUCGCCCUACGACAAAACGCCCGAUCAGUCGUCCGUAUUACUGUGACAUGAAGGUGGAUGCCAUCGACAUGGGUCCUGACGGCUACAUCUAUGCGUUCAGUGGUCGCUUCGUCUACAAGACAAGCCAGUCCACGGGCUUGGUGGAGGGAUUUCCAAAGAGAAUCAACCACGUGUUCCCUAAAGCGCCAAGCAGAGUUCGAGGUGUGGUGUAUGACAAGAAAACCAGUCAAGUGUACAUUUUUAAAGGAUCUCGCGUAUGGCGGUACACGAACUUUAAGCUAGAAGCUGGCUUCCCAAAGUGGAUUGAUACCUCUGACUUCCCAGAGAAACCUCACGCUGUGCUAGCCAUUCCCGACAGACAGUACAGAACACAGAUCUUCAUGUUCGGGCACAAGUAUUUCUGGGAGUGGAACCAGCUGACGAUGAAGAUGACCCCCGGCUACAUCUUGACGAUUUCGCGGUUCUGGAGGGGUGUACCUAACGGUGUAGAGGCAGCAAUGACUGCAUACGACGGAAAAUAUCUGUUCUUCAAGGGACGAAACUUUAGGAAAAUGGACCCAGCUUACCGGAUUGUCAUGGACGGAUAUCCCAAACCCUGGUCACCGGAAAUAUUUGGAAAUGAGUGCGCUCUGGCUUCUAACUUUGAGAGUGAGGAUAUGUUGGAAGAACUGGAGUAAACAAAACCAAGGUCUCCGUUAAUGACGUAAAAUUACUUUUGGGUACCAUUUCGGAUUUUAUAAACUUUGACUAAGUAAACAAGAGAUAAUAUUUGCUAUUAUUCCAUGCUAGCAAAAUAUGGCGUGUGCUUUGUUUGUGUGUAUGUUUGUUUGUUUGUUUAAAAAUUAUUUAUUUUAUGAACUGCCACAUUUCACACAAUACACUAUGUAUUCAAAAUGUUUUGAUACCUCGUUCUUGGGUCUUUCACUACAGAUACCUUCUUCCAGAUACUGUUCUGAACUUUGAAUGUGUAAAAAAUAUCAGGGACGAUUAAAUAGGAGUUAAUAUAUUGCGUAAACUAUAUAGAUGAUUAUUUUGUUUUGAGAAUACAUAUUAUAAACAUUUGAUUGGUGCUAUGUUCAUUUCACAUUAUCAAUCGUACAACAAUGCAUGACUCGUUAUACAUCUAACAGUUUAUGGCUUGCAUCACGUUGUAUUACCAGGGUAGUUUAUAAUUUAGUUAUUUCAUGACUAAAUAUUGUAUCAAUGCAUUUAAUGUUAUCAUUACUUAGUUUGUGAGUUUUCUCUGUGUUUUAUUAUGUUAGCUACAACUUGUAUAGACUGUCCCGUUGUCAUUGCAGUGUGUUGUUAUCACAAUCAUUUUAAACUAAAUUUGAGUAUAUACACGUUAAAUAGGAAAUACACAUGUAACAUAAUAUCAUAUAAUUUUUAUCAUGCCCUGCUAAACCAAAGCACAACACAACACAACGCAACACAACACAACACAACACGACACGACACACCACACCAUACCUACAAUGUCAAGUCAUACAAUACCAAAUUAUGCUACACAAUAUCAUGCCAUGCUACACAAUAUUAUGUUAUGCUAUGCCAUGCUACACGAUAUCAUCCCAUGUCACGCCCCAUGCCAUGAUUUGUAGUAAAAUGUCAAUAUUCCCAACACGUAAGUUGUGAUGCAUUCCCUUUAUCAAUUUGUGCAAUACAGUAUUCAUUUAUCUUAUUUGUACUUUAUCAAUUUAUCUACAUUUUUUUAAUUACUAUUUGUCAAACAUUUUCUAGCCAUUUUAAUGUGCGUUGUCUGUAAAUGAAACGUAUAUGUGUAUAUUUAUUGACGUUUUUGUCGUAGUUUGUAAUAAAGUAGUAUGGAAAGA